UGGCGAUCAGAGACCGGGUCCGCCACUCGACCGCCUCACCAAACGGCCCAAUAGCCACGCCGCUUCACCCGCAUUUCGGAGCAUGAACACCUCAUCACCGACAUUUACGGCGCCGCCGAACCCAUCACCAGCGAUACCACCUUGUUAUUCCCAUGGCUUCAUGUCCGGCCGAGGUGAUGGCAGUGACGCCAGUGACGCCAACGACAGCCUCAUCGUCAGGGGCCGGCGACGACGGUCGACAACGGGAUGCUGCCAAGCACUCCCAAUUCAGGAACAGGAAACUGUCUCCCGGUUCUCUCCAUGGCUCUCCGUGCCUCUCCAGUUCUUGGCCCUUGAGUAGCCGCGCCCAGGCGCUUCCGGCGGAGAAGGCUUCUCAGGUCGCACCGAAAUUGAAUAUCACUGUUAUCACACACAGUGAGCACUCGCUCACACAGGCACGAAAAAUCGCUCUCCACGUGCCCCCUUGUGUCCUUGCAUAUCAGGGCGACGGGCGCGCAUUGGCCGCGGAUCUCUUCUUGCCAUUUUGGUGCCGUGCAGCCGUGGGACCCGUGGACCCUGCGUGGACCCUUUUCUUCAGAAAACUGGCAGAAAAAAGGACGAGCAAAAGGCGGUGGUGCAACAAGUGUAGUGAUAAGCGCUAUCGCCUGUUGUUCAUUGCCGUUUCGGUGCCGGCUGGCAAUGGAAUCUGGACAAAAAGUCUGCAAGCUUCUGCCAGCCUCCUCCCUGGCAAGCAGGUGUGUGUGGACUGUGGACUCUCGCGUGAAUACGGAAUCCCUUCAGCUGCCCGUGAACCAUGAACCUGUGAAAACCACGAAAACCUCCAGGUCUGGCCACUGUAUACACCAGGAAGCAAGCUGAAGCAGAGUGCAAUUUCCUGAACUGGAGCACU